UAAUACAAUGACUAGUGAUUACCGACGGUAACCAACAAUCACACCGACAACAAUAAUGUCCUUGAAUUUGGUGUCCAAUAAGAUACAGAUCGCCGACGGCAGCGGCGGCGGCGGCGCUGAUGAUGGUCACAAUGACGACCACCACCGCAAUAGCCACGGCAGUCAUAAUGGACACCAAUCAUCAUCAUCAGCAUCAUCAUCGGUGGUCAUAAAUAUGGACAACAACAACACUACUACUACGGUGGCCACAAUAGAGAGGCCAACAUCGCCGCCACCAUCAGCAGCAGCAGCAGCGGCCGCGACAGUGAUCACAAAACAUCGGUCAAAGAGUACGGCCAUAUCGUCGUCAAUUAGCAGUAGCAAAGCGGCAGCGAUUGCCGCGGCGGCCGCAGCCGCCGCUGUUGACCACAACAAGAUAACAGUUGUUGAUAGCCCGCCGACAACCAAAAACGGACGAUCAGUUUCGGAAUCGGCGGCCGCCACCACUGUGUCGGCCAAUAACAACUACAGUCCCGCUGUAGUCGAGUUGUCCGACAUGACCUACAAGUUUACGUACGACCAGUCGUCGUCGGCGGCCAAUAGUCCGAAGUCGAAGCAAAAAUGGUCGGCGGCGGCCGGGACCGGCGGCCAUCACAGUACUGUUACUGCCGGCCAGUCGUUGUCGGUAAAGAAAUUAUCGGCGGCCUCGACGACGACCGCGACCACUGGCGCUGCCGACAAAAGUGCGGCCAAUAUUACUGGCAAUAAUAGUAAACGUACUAAAGGUCCACUAAACCAAUUAAAAGCACGACUUAACCUGAAUCUCGGUGCCGACAAAAAAUGGUCAAAAUCGCAUGUAUUUUCAAAGUCGCCGACGACCACCAAUCGUACCGUAACCGUAGCCACUAUUACACCGACCACUACCGCCACCACCAACGCCAACAACACAGCGGCAGCGGCGGCAAUGCAAGUGUCGGCACCACCCGCUAGUGCCGAUGUUAGCCAGACUAACGGUGUUGUAGUCAAUGGUGUUGGCGGUGGCGUCGGCGGCGGCGGCCAACCAUUGAAGCCUAUUAAUAAUGGUGGUCGCGGCGGCGGCGGCGCCGGCAAAGUUGGCCACAAAUAUCGCGUACAAUUAGCUAGCGAUGAUCAGAGGUCGCAACAUAUUCAUCAUACGUUUAUUUCAGACCUGACAGAUGUCCGAAAAAUGGAGAACACAUUGUUGACACUACUCGAAGAUUUUCAUUCGGGAAAACUGCAGGCUUUCGGUCAGGACAUUAGCUUCGAGAAGAUGGAGAGUGUUCGCGAACAACAGGAACGACUCGCUCGGCUACACUUUGAUCUCAAUCUACAACAGGAGGUCUACGGACAUCAAUCAGAGGAUGGCAAACGUUUGGCCAAAGAUAAUAUGGCAAAACUUAUUGAAAAUUUGCAACAAUUAAGUGAUUCAAUUGAACAAUUACAAUCCAAGUCAUCGGUAGCCAACAAAUAACAGUCCACUGAAAGAGAGAUUCAUAUAUAUAUAUACUGUAUAUAUAUAUAUAUAUAUAUAUAUAGUAAUUGUGAUUAUUAUUAUUUUUGAAUUUUUAAUAACU